CUUUUUCAUAGAAUAACAGAGAUUUAACAAAUGUACAAUGGCAGGUAAUCUAAACGAAGAAAAUGGUGUAUUGGAACAAGAAUUUCUGGAAUUAACUGAAGAAAUCCGACAAAAUAUUAAUGAUAUUGAUAAAGAGGCUGAAAUUGAAAUUAAUAAAGUAAAUAAUGAAAUUAUAACAUUAAUAAAUGAGGUAAAAGCAAAACAAAUUAGUCUUAAAAAUGAGAUUUUAUCGUUUAAUGAAGAAAAGAAGAGAAAUCUUUGUCAUGCUCUCUCCGACAUCAAACGUUUGUACGAAGCUAAAAAAAAAUCUAAUAUACCAUUCCUACAAUCAGAAUUAUCUCUUAUUAUCAAGAAACUAAAGUACUCUUCGGAGAAUUUAAUGAGGAAGAAGAAAAUCUUUGAUAGAUCGGAAAUAUUAGAUCAUUUUGAAAUUGGAAAGUUAAAUACACCUUUCUUUGAGAAACCAAUUGAAAAUCAUUCAAUUGAAUUGAAUGAAAAACCUGGUAAAGUUAUUUCAAAUAGACACGGCUUCUAUAAUAUACAAAAUAAGAAUAAGAUUGUGAAUCUUGAAACUCAGGAAAUUAUCAUUUGGACGGAGAAUAAGAUUUAUGAUAUAUCAACAACGUAUGAUAAUGGACUCUCGUAUCUGCAAUUUACUGAAAAUCAUUAUGUUAUUCAAUUGUUAUCAAAAGAUAAUUAUGGGAAAACUAAGUAUGUUUUACCAAGAAAUGCCGUCAAUCCGAAUGAAGCCGGUUUUGCAGUUCUAAAAGACGAUAUAAUAAUAAACGAUAUGAAUAAACUGUUGGUAUUUUCUAAAGAAACUAGUAAUAUUGUUAACGCUUGGAAAUAUGAUAGAGAAAUAUCAAAUCUUUCUAAUAGAUUGCAAGGAAACAUUUUAUAUCAAUUUUCCGGAAGUUCACUAUUCGUUUUUAAAGAUGAUGAAUUUGCAACUCAAAAUGUUAGUAAAUCCGAAAAGGAGAGCUAUUCAAUCUAUUACGAUGUUAUUGAAAAUCUUAAAAAAGGUAAAAUAUUAUUCUGCAAUUCAAAAAAUAUUGUCUUCGUUGGAGCCAACAAUCAGAAUGGUAUCUCUCUUGAUAAAGAUAAGCUAUUUCCGGCUGAGAAGCUUUUGGAUUAUAGAAUAACAAAAACAGAAAUUAUAUUUUGCCUAAUUAAUCAAACAGAUGAGUUUACAAUUAAAUUUAAACACUUUCCAAUUGAAUGUAACUUUUAA